GCGGGCUGCUGUCGCUUUCACUCUGUUCGUGGCCGCCGCGCAGGAAAGCAGAAGGAGGAGCAGGGGGAGGAGGAGUUGUCUGGAGCCGCCUUCGAGUCGCGGACUCGGCUUCUCGCCCCUCCUUUCGCUACUGUUCGCUCGGCGCUCAGAAGCGGCCGGGCCUGCGGUUCCCGCGGCUGGCAAGCGGCGACCAGCAACCCGCUCCCCGGGCACAGAGGGAGCCGCGAAGCCGGCAGCGCUGCGCCUCGCUCGCCUCUCCUGGCCUGGGCUCCUCCUCGAUGGCCGCGGGCUGCAGGGACGGCCCGGGGCAGGAAAAGUACCGACUGGUGGUGGUGGGCGGCGGCGGAGUGGGCAAGUCUGCGCUCACCAUCCAGUUUAUCCAGUCAUACUUUGUUACAGAUUAUGAUCCAACAAUUGAAGAUUCUUACACAAAACAAUGUGUAAUAGAUGAAAGAGCAGCAAGAUUAGAUAUUCUAGAUACAGCAGGCCAAGAAGAAUUUGGAGCCAUGCGGGAGCAGUAUAUGAGGACAGGAGAAGGCUUUCUGCUUGUCUUCUCAGUCACAGAUAGAGGAAGUUUUGAAGAAAUUUAUAAAUUUCAAAGACAGAUUCUUAGAGUAAAAGAUCGUGAUGAGUUCCCUAUGAUUCUAGUUGGAAACAAAGCUGACCUGGACCAUCAAAGACAGGUAACCCAGGAGGAAGGUCAGCAACUAGCACGGCAGUUGAAAGUAACCUAUAUGGAAGCUUCAGCAAAAAUACGGCUCAACGUAGAUCAAGCUUUUCAUGAACUUGUCCGAGUUAUAAGGAAAUUUCAAGAACAAGAAUGUCCUCCUUCCCCAGAGCCAGCAAGGAAGGAGAAGGACAAGAAGGGGUGCCACUGUGUUAUCUUCUAAAAAUCCUUUAAAACAAGCUAUCGACUGCCAGAUUAAUUCUCCUCACUUUUCUUCUUGUGUGUCUUGGUGUUUUGUCUCGCUUUAUAUGUGCAUGUUGUAUAAAUGGUCACCAAAAUAGCCUUAGUUGAAAAGAAUCAGACUGAUCCAGACCUAGAAGACACCUUAGUCAUCUCACAUCAGAGGUCAAAAUACUAAGGCUUCUUUUAAUACUCCCAAAUUCUUUUUCCCUCGCGUCAAGAAACUUGCACUUUGUGGAGUUUUAUUCACAAUGGACAGAAAGUAGUUAGGAGUCUAUUGAGGUCAAGCUUAAAAUGGCUAUAUGGGUAUUUUCCCCCCGCUAGUGAGAUCAUUGUUGAUCAUACUCGAGAGAGAGUCCUCUAAUCAAUAUGUAGAGUAUUUUUUUAAAAAGUAGAUUUGGAGGUUUUACCCUUUAAUUAGAUUAGACAACAAAAUUCAGCUUGCCUUACAGGAAGCCAAUACACUGAAUUUCAUUGGCAAAGUUUUGUGUUACAGCUCUUGUUUAUGCUGCAGCUUUUUCCAGUGCUCAACUUCUACUGUAUUUAUUUUAUGGCUCCAGCAAUAGCUACAGGAUUAUUCGUAUUACAGCUUUAUGGCCAAAUACCUGGGCUCAUUAUGGGCUGGAGCAUUUCAGUUUUAGAAGAUGUUAUAUCAUGAUUUGGAAUAAAAUUGUGUCUUCCUUUUGUAUUUCCAGGUAAGAGAUUCCAGAAAAAUUAACCUGUAGCUUUUGUUUUUCGUGUAAUAUAAAAAAGAGGAUUUUGCUCUUUUCAUUGUCAGAUGAUUAAAUGUUUUUGCUAUAUACUUUUAUACAUUAUUUUCUUAUCAAACUAGUUAACAAGUAUUUUUAUAUGUUUGUAAGCAAAUAUGCUUUCAUGGCAUAAGUUGUGUAUAUGUAAAGAUGAGUAUUUAAUUCUCACAAUAUACUUUCAACUGAUGGAAUUGCAUAAUGCAAGAUUUGUAGAACUGUGGUAGAACCUCUUUUCUGUUCCAGUUGUACUGAGUAAUGGCAGGCAGAUAUCUGCCCAAUAUACAGUAUCCAUUAUAGUAUCAUGUUUCUCAAAACGCCUUCCCCGUCCUUCACAAAUGACUGACCAUUAUAUAACUAUUAAACUGUACACAUGUUUAACGGAA